ACGUCACCCGGCAACCGCCCUCUCCGCGUGCCUGCUUGUUGUCCUACGUCAAUUCCGGCGCGGCAGAUUAGGAAUAUUCCAGCGGGUUGUCAACCAGCUAGCUGGAUGCUAACUUCACCUAUUAGCUUUGAGACCUUUCUUUGCCGUCUGUAAACCACAUUGCUGACAUGGCUGCUCAUGUUGACCCAGCACCGAUGUGACGCUCCCGGUACAUUUAGGGUGUUUAACGGUUUUUUAACUGUUGACGUCCAGGCUAGCCUCGUUAGCUGCUAGCGUUAGCACCAGCAGUGGAGGAAGUCAGUUCUAACGUCUUACCUAUAAAAGCACACAUGGGUUUCCACGGAUCACUUGCUAGCAGGUAACUAGAUGCAUUUGUUUAUGCUAGUUGGCGUUUAGCUCAACCAUGUCUCAUCAGCUGACUGCAGAGCAGCAGCGUAAGAUCGAGGAGAACAGGCUCAGGGCGUUGGAGAGACGAGCCGAGAGAAUGGGACAGGCUCCCAGCAUCAAUAACCAGACCUUGGCAGGGCCCAGCAGGGCUUCAGUACAUAGACAGGCCCCUGUCCAUCACAGAGACUCACCCAGCAGCUCAGUCUCUGCACCAAAACUGUAUGUUCCACUCUCCAAACAUCAGCCACAGGGCUUCAACAACCAAAAGCAAGCUGGGCCGACGCAUCAUCAGUCAUCUGCUAAUGGAAAACAGAUCAGCCAGAGUAGGCCGUGUAACUCUUCUCCUUUGAGACAGAUCCAAGUUAUCGACCCACUUCCUCAGUCAAGAAGUCGACGUGCGAGGAGCCCUGUCUUGUUAAAUGGAGGAGGCGUUGUCGGGAGACCAGCUCAGUCCAAACCUAACCUCUCCUCCGGCAGCUCUGGUGGUGAUGGUGGUGCAGCCAGUUCUUUCUACAAGCAAGCGACGACUAAACCUGCCCAGAGUUCUGUGGCACAGCUUCCCUCACGCUCCUCCACCUCCACCUCCACCGCUGUAGCUGCUAAAAAGCCUUCCAUCUCUGUGAGGGGAAGAUGUGUCCCCCACACAGAGGACAGUCGCUUCAGAGUAGAAGUGGGCUACCACGCAGAGCUCAUUGCUGUUUUCAAGUCCAUCGCCUCCAAGAACUAUGACCCUGCUACAAAGAUGUGGAACUUCAGCCUGGAGGACUAUCAGCAGCUAAUGGAGGAGGCAGCCUCUAUUGCCUCUGUGUCUCUGAGGCCUCUGGAGGGAAUGGAAGUGGUGGAUGUUGCUUCCUGCCGACCCCGUAACGGUGCAGCGCUGGCGGCCCUGCUGAAGCUGUGUAACGGCUGGCAGAAACCUGGAGCCACUCUGCAGGGCCAGUGCAUCUUGGUGUCCCCGAACAAGUUUGAGGUUGACAUCGGUUACAAUGUUGAUGUCAUUGCAGCAUUCAAGCAAAUGCCAACAAACAGUUAUGACAUGAAAACAAGAAAGUGGAGCUUCUCGCUCGAGGAUUUUAAGAAACUCAUGGAUCUCCUUGGUGGGAUAGCAGCAGUGGAGGUGGAGCCUCUGCCCAGGGCAGUAAUCCAGGCUUUCUCUGCCAGUUUUGACGGGACUGAAGCCAGGUCUUUGGACGUCCCAAAGGCAGACCUCUCCGCCAUUGAGCCCUCACUCACCCACAGCCUUAUGCCCUUCCAGAGGGAGGGGGUCAAUUUUGCAGUGUUUAAAGAAGGCCGCCUCCUCCUGGCUGAUGACAUGGGUCUGGGAAAGACCGUGCAGGCCAUUUGCAUAGCAGCCUAUUACAGGAAUGAGUGGCCCUUACUGGUGGUGGCUCCCUCUUCCGUACGAUUCACCUGGGCUGAGGCCUUCAGACGCUGGCUCCCCUCCCUCAGUCCUGACUGCAUCAAUGUGGUGGUGAAGGCCAAAGACAACCUGCGCUCCGGUUUGGUCAACAUCAUCAGCUACGACCUGCUGAGCAGGAUGGACAAGCAGCAGCCUGGAGACCCCUUCAAUGUUCUUAUCAUGGAUGAGUCCCAUUUCCUGAAGAACAUAAAGACGGCUCGGUGUAAAGCUGCUUUGCCUCUACUGAAGGCAGCAAAGAGAGUGAUUCUUCUGUCUGGGACCCCGGCAAUGUCCCGACCCUGUGAGCUCUACACCCAGAUUCUGGCCGUCAGACCUGCACUCUUCCCUCGCUACCACGAUUUCGGGAUGCGCUACUGCAACGCCAAGCAGACGACUUGGGGCUGGGACUACUCCGGCUCUUCUAAUCUUGGGGAGCUGAAGCUGCUGUUGGAAGAGUCUCUGAUGUUGCGCCGUCUCAAAUCCGAAGUCCUGUCCCAGCUUCCUGCUAAACAGCGCAAGGUUGUCACGGUGACCAUAGAUGGGAUCUGCACCCGCAUGAAAGCGGCGCUGUCGGCUGCUGCCAAAGAGUUGGCCAAGGAACAUCGCAACAAAACGGAAGAGAAGGAAGCCCUCCUCAUCUUUUAUAACCGCACCGCUGAAGCCAAGCUACAGGCGAUUAUGGAGUACAUCACGGACAUGCUGGAGUGUGGGAGGGAGAAGUUUCUAGUGUUCGCCCAUCAUAAGUCAGUUCUGGAUCAUAUCUCCUGUGAACUGGGCAAAAAGAAUGUCCCUUUCAUCCGUAUUGACGGGGCCACGCCAUCACUUGAGCGACAGCAGCUGUGUGAGAAGUUUCAGCACUCGACCAAGACGUGUGUAGCUGUGCUGUCCAUCACUGCAGCGAACAUGGGUCUGACCCUGCACUCCGCAGACCUGGUGAUCUUUGCUGAGCUGUUCUGGAACCCCGGAGUUCUCAUUCAGGCAGAGGAUCGGGUGCACCGCAUUGGCCAAACCAAGAGUGUGAACAUUCACUACCUGGUUGCCACGGGAACUGCUGAUGAUCACCUGUGGCCAAUGAUCCAGGGAAAAAUGAAUGUCUUAAAACAAGUGGGUCUUUCUGAGUCUAACUUCUCAGGCAACGCAGUGAACGCCAGCUUCCACUCUAAGGACCCGAAACAGAGGAGCAUCAUGGAGAUGUUCCAGAGAUCAUUCAAAGCUGAGGACGACAUCGACGAGGCCAUGUUACUGGAGGCCGCAGACGACUGGGACAACGCCCCCCCUGAGGACACCUCUGGAUAACAUCACGGCACGAUCGGACAAAGCCCCAGCAAAGGGAGCAUCAAGGAAUAUUUCAGCAGAUGACUUUUACUGACAAAUUAUUUUGUUUAUUUUUGUCUUUUUCUGUUGAUCAUGAAUGAACUUAUAUACUUUUGCAAACAUGCCUCAAAUGUUUUAGAACACGCAAAAUAACAGUCUUAUAAUCCUUUAUAUUUUUUGCUAAUAAGAAAACUAAAUAAAUGUGACUCAAGGUUUUUAGAAUCCUUCUUAAACCUGACUGCUCACUGUGGUGACUGGAUUAAAUGUUUAGGUCAUUCAAGUGUUUUUUAUGGAGGACCACAAGUGUCACUGAAAUAAUAAGAAUGAAGCAUCGAGAAGCUAGAAAGAAAAACUCAAGGAGCACAUCGAUUAGCUGACAAAAAAGGAAAAGCAACAGGGAGAUGGAAAUGCAAGUAGAAAAGGAAAUUGCUCCUUUUUAAAAAUCUGAUCAAAAUCUAUUAUUUCGAUUUGUCAAUUACAUGACAUUAUUAAUUGAUGAAUUAUGGAAUGUACUUAUUGGCUGUUUUAUGUUGUUUUUGUCAUCCUAAUUUUUUAUUUGAACUACCUUUUAUUUAACCAAUUAAAAUGUCAAAUAUUUACUUCGUAAUGCAGUCUAUUUAUUUAUAGAUCAAUACAUUAAUUAGUUAACAAAUGUAUCGAUGCCUAUUUUAUUGUAGUGCCUUCAUUAAUUUUGUGACACUUGUGGUCCUUCAUACUAAAACAAUAUACAAGAGCCUGGUCAUUCUUACUCAUUGCCACAGUAGUUACAACAAUUUAUUUUAGGUAAUUCAAGAUAGACUGGUGGUGACUGAAUGACCCUGCAGCUUUUGUGGUGAGCCAAGACCUGCAGUCAUCUGAGAAGUUAACCCUCUGUCACGUGAUACUUAUGAUUGAGUGUUAUACAGCCCUGUAAUGCCACAAAUAAAAGAUGGAAAUGUCA